UGCAGAAGUUAUUUAUGUUUGGGGAGCCUUUACUUGAGUCAGUGCAUUUGGAGGAACCACAAAUAACCGAGCUGAGGGAGAACAUCCGUAAUGUUCUAAUACAAGCAACCAUACCUCUCAGGGCUUAUGCUGCUGAGUAUGAGAAGUACUUAGAGCUGCACAAUUUGGACAUACAAGCUUACAUUCUCACAUCUUGUGGUGCAGAAAUGACAUCCCAAGAACUGAAAAAAGAGGUGCAGCAGCAUCUCAAAGAAAAGAGAAUAAUUGAACAGUCCUUGCCAUCCUCCCUAGUGAUUGGUCCAUUUCAUGUUUGUGUUAACGGGGUACGCAAGUCUCUCUCAGAAAAGAGAAAGGAGUUAGCCACGGCACUACUAGACCACCUUGCUCUGAAGCUACGUAUUCAGGUUGACCAGGCAUGUGAAGAAUGUGAAAUUAUUAACAGAAAGCUACGUGAGAAACCCUUUGGCAUCGAGGAACUGAGUGAAAAGAGGCAGUGGAUGAAACAAAUCCCAGAACAGCUUAAGAGUUACAAGGAACAUCUUGCCAAGACCUUGUCAGACUACGAGCUCAUAGAAGAAUUUUUCCACUCUCUUCCCAACAAUGAUGUCAACAAAAAGUGGAAAGCCAUUGAAUGGCCACAAAAGAUAAUCAACCAAAUGGAACCAGUAGCCACCCAGCACUUGGAGGAUGAGGAGUGCUUCCGCAAGAUCCAUCUAACUGAGCAGAGCAACUUUGAGGAGCAUUUAGCUAAUCUACAGAUGAUUGUUGCUAGGUUUGCGAGCCAUGGAGACAUUGAUCAUGCCCAUGAGAUGGCCAACAAGGUCAGGCAGACAAGCAAGCAACUUAAGGAGUGCCAAACUAUGGCCCAAAUUUACAACAACAGGGAACGCUUGUUCGGCAUGACAGUCACAAAUUAUGACCGUGUGCAGAAGCUUGUAAAAGACUUCCAGCCUUAUAGAGAUUUAUGGACCACCACCUCUGAUUGGCUGCUGGAGUGA